UGGCACUGUAAUGGCCGCCGAGAUAUCGAGGACUGAGCCAGAGCGGAGCCACCGGUUUGUGCUUUGUGGUUAGUUAUUUAGUGACUGAGAAAAUCAUGGCAUCCGUCCUGUGCCCCGAAGUUACGCCUCCCGGCUUCUCUUUCGAGAACCACCAAAGGAAUGCUUUUUUGGUCAAGAAAGGCUUCCCUGCUCCAAAGGCAACCAAGACUGGUACAACAAUUGUUGGUGCAGUAUUCAGAGAUGGUGUUGUAUUGGGAGCUGACACCCGUGCUACUGAAAACACCAUUGUUGCAAGCAAGAACUGUCAGAAAAUCCAUUACAUGGCUCCUAAUAUGUACUGCUGUGGUGCUGGUACUGCCGCUGACACCGAAUUUACUACAGCAGCCAUCAGCUCUCAGCUGGAACUUCACCGCCUGAACACUGGUCGCGUUGUACCAGUAGUUACAGCAAAUAUGAUGCUCCGUCAGAUGUUGUUCCGCUAUCAGGGACAUAUUGGAGCAGCCCUUAUCUUGGGAGGAGUUGACAACGCUGGUCCUCAUCUUUACAAUAUCUAUCCCCAUGGAUCAAGUGACAACCUUCCUUACUGCACCAUGGGUUCUGGUUCACUUGCUGCUAUGGCUGUGUUUGAGUCACGUUGGAAGCCUAACAUGUCUGAAGAAGAAGCUAAAGUGCUCGUACGCGAUGCUGUAGCUGCAGGUGUUUUCAAUGACUUGGCAUCUGGUAACAACAUUGAUGUGUGCGUCCUUAAGAAAGGCACUGUCGAUUUCAUUCGACCAUAUCAGGUGGCUAAUGAGAAAGGACAAAGGAUCAACACGUACAAGUACAAGAAAGGUACUACAGUCGUUCUGAACCAGCGAGUCAUCCCUAUUGUUGUAGAAGAAGAAGUUGUACGUAAAGUCCCUGGACCAGAUUCCGAAGAGUCUAUGGACACCAGCUAAACUUUUGUUUGAUGUAGACUGACUUUGCUAUGCUAAUUUUUUCAUGCAAUUCGGUACUUUUUCUCUUUACAAGGUGUUGAGGUGUUUUAAGUGAUAUAAUAAAGCUAAUUUCUUAUUCUGA